AUGUGGUCUUCACGAAGAGCCCUACUUUCGGCCCUAGUGCUUAUGGUUCUCUUCCUAAUCUACCAUGUCACUACCUCGCAGAGCGCAGUUAUUGGAUCCAUACAGUCGACACAAAAACAAAAAAAUUCCGGAUUUUCGUCUUCUGCAUCGACUGCGAACAAGGAGCAACAAGUUCUAUUCGACAUUACCUCCCAACCUCUAAGAAAGAGAUUGGAACACUUCUUCCCCUAUGACAUCGAAGGGAAAUUUCCUAUGUAUAUAUGGCAGACGUGGAAAGUCGGUCCUGCAUCUGGCGCAUUCGAAGAACAUCUCCGUCCUCUCGAAGCAUCCUGGACUGAGAAACACCCAGGUUUUGUCCACGAGGUCAUCUCGGACCUAGCGGCUGAACACUUGAUCAGAUAUCUCUAUGCCUCUGUGCCAGAAGUCGCCGAGGCAUAUGCAGCCAUGCCUGUGCCUGUAUUGAAAGCUGAUUUCUUCAGGUAUCUGAUUCUGCUGGCAAGAGGAGGCAUAUACUCGGACAUCGAUACUCAAGCUCUCAAACCAGCUAUAGAGUGGCUACCUCCCCAUCUUGAUCAAGCCACUGUCGGACUCGUGGUAGGCAUUGAGGCAGACCCUGAUAGAGAUGACUGGGCUAUCUGGUACUCCAGAAGGAUCCAGUUCUGCCAGUGGACCAUGCAAGCCAAACCAGGACAUCCUGUACUACGAGAUAUUGUGACCAGAAUCACAGAAACGGCACUAGAGCUGAAAGCACGAGGAGAUCUGCGGCACGGUAAAGAGCCGAAGAACAUCAGCAUCGUGGAGUUCACAGGACCCGCGAUCUGGACAGAUACCAUUUUCGACUAUUUCAACAACCACGACUACUUUGAGUUUGACUCAGAAUCUCAAAAUAUUACCGCCCAGGACUUCUUCAAUAUUGUGGCACACAAGAAAAUAGGCGACGUCGUGGUCCUUCCAAUCACUAGCUUCAGCCCUGGUGUGGGACAGAUGGGCGCUGAAGAGCCAGACCAUCCAAUGGCAUUCGUCAAGCAUGAGUUCGAAGGGUCGUGGAAGCCCAUCGACGAGAUUCCCAGCAAAAAAGAGAAUGUUGAUGCUUGA